GCGGCGUUUCCGGGAAGAUGGCGGCUGUCGAGGCUGCUGCGGAUCCCGUAAUGGUGGUGACCGCCGUUGGGCCCAAGGCGAAGGACGAAGAGGAGGAGGAAGAGGAGUCGCUGUCACCGUGCGAGGCCGUGCGCUGGGCCCCAGUGGGGGCUGUGGCGGAGGCCGGGCCUGGGAUGGCUGCGUUCUCGGAAGAAGCGGCAGCCGAGGAACCCGGCGCGACCCCGGCCUCCCCGCCCGACUCGCCAGGCCGGACGCUGAGGCGGCUGCGGGCAGAGCGGCGGCGGCUGGACUCAGCGCUGCUCGCACUGUCUUCGCACUUCGCGCAAGUGCAGUUCCGCCUGCGCCAGGUGGUGCGCGGGGCGCCGGCGGAGCAGCAGCGCCUCUUGCGCGAACUCGAGGACUUCGCCUUCCGCGGCUGCCCUCAUGUCCUGGGUUACGGGGGCCCCGGGGACGCCACCAGCGACGAGGGCGACGGGCUGUCGGGAGACCAACCACGGUUGUGGGGCAAGGACCAGGGGUUGAGUGAGCAGGAGAAACGAGAGCAUCUGGAAACCCAAAGGGAGAAACAGAAGGAACUGAUACUGCAGCUCAAGACCCAGCUGGAUGACCUGGAAACUUUUGCCUAUCAAGAGGGCAGUUAUGACUCCCUGCCACAGUCUGUGGUCUUGGAAAGACAACGGGUGAUCAUAGAUGAGUUAAUAAAGAAACUGGACAUGAAUCUGAAUGAAGACAUAAGUUCACUGACCACUGAAGAGCUUCGUCAGCGUGUGGAUGCUGCUGUGGCUCAGAUUGUCAAUCCAGCCCGAGUGAAAGAACAGUUGGUUGAGCAGCUGAAAACUCAAAUUCGAGACCUCGAGAUGUUCAUCAAUUUUAUCCAAGAUGAAGUAGGAAGCCCCUUGCAGACAGGUGGUGGACACUGUGAAUGCAAGACUGGUGGGAAGACAGGAAAUGGCUCCACCAGCAGACUGCCUCCAGGAAACAGCAAGACAAAGCCAGAAGAUGUGAAGAGAGUUCGGGAGACAGGGCUCCACCUGAUGCGGCGAGCCCUGGCAGUGCUCCAGAUCUUUGCUGUUAGCCAGUUCGGUUGUGCCAUGGGCCAGAUCCCUCAGACCCUAUGGCAGAAGGACCAGGCUGACAGGGACUACUCUCCCUUACUGAAGAGGCUGGAGGUAUCGGUAGACAGAGUGAAGCAGCUGGCCUUGAGGCACCAGCCACAUGACUAUGUUAUCACCUCUGCCAACCUCCAGGAUCUCUCUCUAGGAGGCCAGGAUGAGCUGACCACGGCUGUGCGGAAGGAGCUGACUGUGGCCGUGAGGGACCUGCUGGCCCACGGACUGUACGCCUCCUCUCCAGGGAUGAGCCUUGUCAUGGCCCCCAUUGCUUGUUUGCUGCCAGCCUUCUCCUCAGCCCCUGAGGCCAUGCACCCUUGGGAGCUCUUUGUGAAGUACUACCACGCUAAGAACGGCCGCGCUUUUGUGGAAUCCCCAGCCCGGAAACUCUCCCAGUCCUUUGCUCUGCCUGUGAUGGGAGGCACUGUUGUGACCCCCAAACAGAGCCUGCUGACAGCCAUCCACAUGGUGCUGAUGGAGCACGACCCAUUCAAGCGCAGCGCCGACUCAGAGUUGAAGGCCUUGGUAUGCAUGGCACUGAAUGAGCAGCGUCUGGUGUCCUGGGUGAACCUCAUCUGCAAGUCGGGGUCACUCAUCGAGCCCCACUACCAGCCCUGGAGCUACAUGGCACACACCGGCUUUGAGAGUGCCCUAAACCUGCUCAGUCGCCUCAGCAGUCUCAAGUUCAGCCUUCCUGUAGACCUGGCUGUGCGCCAGCUCAAGAACAUCAAAGAUGCCUUUUGAUGAGAAUGCCCUGGCCAGAGACCAGUGCCUCUCUCAGCGGGGAUAGAUAUGUAAGUCUUCUAGGAUGGGAGCAAGUAAUGAGAGGAGGGGUUAAAGAAAUCUUCCCUAGACCCUGCUUAGGUGGCCAGCCAAAUGACUGCAAAGUCUGUUUUCCCCACCAACUUAGCCUGUCAGAAAGAUAUGCUGGAGGUUCGCUUGUUAAAAAGAUUGUGCACUGGUAUGUGACCACAGUGUACUUGUGGGCACAUAUGUUUGAGCCUGAGGACAAGAAAUCUGUCAUGGCACCCAGUUAAUCCACCAACAAUGCCGUGUCUGGUUUUUAGAAAACUCGGGUUGCUCUAACCAUUCUCGUUAUGCCAGCGAGUGACAACAGAGUGAGUUGUUGGUCCCGGAAAACAUUCAGCUUGAGGUUCCUGUUAGUCAAGUUGGGAACCAUUUUCCUUCACUUGAAGCAUGUUUGAGAGUCCUAAGGCCAGAGUUUAAAUUCCUUUUAUAAAUACUGACCCCUCCUUUCUGAUAGCAGUGUGGGUAGUAGGCUGUGUAUUUUCCAUUGCUGCAUCUCAAACUAGGAAUGGGUAUAUCUGAGAACAUUUCUGAGGGAGUUAACCACAAGUUGGUUUCAAUAUAUGCCCUCUUUUCUGGUAGAGAUAAGAACUGAAAUCUCUGACAAGGUAGUCCUCUUCUCAUGCCAGCCUGUGGUCUUUUUGUUGUCUUGAAGCUGAGUCGUUGAAGAAGAAUGAGAACCAGUGUCUGCUAAUAUGACCUCUGGCAAAUAAGCUUUCCUCUAUGUACCUUCCAACAAGAGUCUGAAAGUCUUUUCAGAAGUAAAUGUAUUAGAAGUCUAAUCCUUGAGAGAAUCCUUGCACCUGCGCAAGUGUACACAGGAAUCCACAUUGAUAACCAGCAGCAACUCCUCCCUGGGUUGUGACUCACCUGGCCCCUGUCCCGGAGGCUAGAUGAUGGAUUGCUCCUUUCCCUGUGAUAACAGCAAAGGGUUUGUUCACAAGUCAAGUUGGGCUGACUUCCAGUCCAUUCCCAUAAUGGGAAUAGGUACUAAGCAGAUCACUGUUUACAGACGGGGCUGGCAGUUUCAUGGUAAACUGACUCUAGGGUGGUCCUAUUUGGUUUUCAGUAUUUUAGCCCUUGUAGUUCAUACUCCUCCAUCUGUUUGUGAUACUGCUCCAGGAUUGUAAAAAAAAAAAAAAAGCAGGAAAAUAACAUGUAACUUUAACUUUUUGGGAAA